AUGACUGGCAUCCUUACGAGAGGAGAUGGAGGAGAUGCGGCCACAAGCCAAGGACAGCUGCAGCCGCCAGUAGCUGGAAAAGGCGGGAAGGACCCUGCCCGGAAGCCCGUGGAGGAGCGAUGUCCUGUGACACCUGGAUCUCAGACCUCAGGCCACCGGGACCGGGAGAGGGUGACUGAGGAGAAGCAGAGCAGGAGCCUCUGCCCGGCUGCUUCUGCAGCCUACGCGCAGAGCUGGCGGCGGGGCAGCCCGAGAGCAUACUGGAGCGGCCAUGAGCCGGCCCGUGGAGAGCAGAUGACCUGUGUCCGGGUCCUGCCUGGCUCCCUCCCUCAGGGCCUCAGGACGCUCGCAGGGAGCUGGUCCCGGGAUAUUUAUAUCCUGGAGGAAGGGCAGGCCCGUGCUUGGCCCACGAGGAGCUUCCUGUCCAUCAGGGCCAUGGGGGCCAGGGCAGAACCAGAGCACCCGAGAGGCCGGCCAGUCACGCACAAACGGCCUCGGGCCAAGCACCAGCCCUGGGAACGCGCGGUCCCCUCCGCUCUCCGCACGUCCGGGGUCAGUGGUCACUUUAUUAAUAGCAGCCCCUGA